UAUAUCAUAUACGACACAACCCCUCUCUCUUUCCAUCUUUCACAUCCAUCUUUUCCUUAAUUCCCCUUGUUUUCAGAGCCCUUUUUUUCCGAUUCAAUUUCUCCGACCGGUGAUGAACUCCGGUGAUCAAGAACGACCGGAAUGCAAUUCGCCUGAUGAAUUAGGGUUUCAAGAACCAGAAGAUGGAAAGAAUUCAGGUUUGACGAUCAAAGUGCCAUCAUCUCUUCAAGAUCACAACAAUGGUGACGAAGGUUUUCAGGAAGACGAUGAGCCCAGGACUCCGACGUCCUCCGAUCAGAAAAUUCCGGUGGUUACCACCUGUCCACCGGCACCAAGAAAACCUAAAACGGUGGCUAGGGUUAAUAACAAGAGAAAGACACCAUCUUUCCAGAGAAUUUCCGUAGAUUUGAUGGUGAUGAUCACUGCUAUGUUUUCUCCUGAGGCCGGUGCAGCUGCGCCGGUUCCUGAUCAUUUUCUGGCUGGAGAUCUUGCCGCCGGCGACCAUGAAAAGAAAAUCAAGAAAGCCAAUGUCAGCACUGGAUCAUGAUGAACUCAACCCUAAUCACAUCUCAAUUACCUUCCUAAUUAAUUCUUAAUUGAUUUCUUUUCAUCUUUUUUUGUGAAUCAAAUCAUGUAAAUCCUGUUAAGUAAUUAACAAACACAAUUUCAAGAUA